AUGGACCCAUUAGAGAAUCCUACUCUUUCUUCAUUGAAGGGACAACAGUCGAAAAAAGAACGUAAAUUGAAAUAUGCUGAUCUGGCCGUGCAAGGCACCAAUAACUCAUCGAUAGCCUCAAAGAGAUCUGUAGAGGCAAUAUAUUUGUCGAAAUUGGGAAUCAAUAAGAGCAUUGAUAAUGAUAAUGAGAGCUGUGAAUAUUUUAAAUAUUUUGUACCAAAAUUAGUAAAUAGAUCUCCUUGUAUCAACCGAGGUUAUUGGCUAAGAUUACACGCUAUACGAUCUAAAUUGGAAUCCAUUCGUAAUGCCACAGAUAAACAGAUACUAGUUAUUAAUUUAGGUUGUGGGUUUGAUCCAUUGGCCUUUGAAUUAUUAGAUAAACAAAAUAAAGACAGUUUACCUUUCAUUGAAAGAUUUUCCUUCUUGGAUAUCGAUUAUUCUGAUCUUUUGAAAAAUAAAAUACAAAUUAUUAAGCAGACCUCAACAUUAUCAAAGAUAGUAGGUUUAUCAACCGACUUGAUAAGUGAAACGGACACUGUAAAUUGCGACAGAUACUAUACAAGGCCAUGUGACUUAAACUGUACCACUGAUUACGAGAAACUGAUGCUUAACUCAGUGGAUCUCCCACAAUUAGGCGAUCCAAAUAUUGUAAAGGUAUUCAUUGCAGAGGUCUCACUUGCAUAUAUGAAAGCAGAUCUAUCUGAUGAGAUAAUCAGAGUUUCUUCCCUUUUACCAAACGCUCAUUUUGUCAUGUUAGAACAAUUAGUUGAACAAGGACCCUUUGAACCAUUCUCUAGACAAAUGCUGAAACAUUUCAAGAAAAACGAUUCACCAUUACAAUCUGUGACUACAUAUAAUACAAUCGAUUCACAAAGAACAAGAUUUGAAAAGUAUGGUUUUAGAAAUAUCAAUAUAGGCGAUAUGUUACAUUUGUGGAAUUCCAUACCAAAGGAGACCAGGAAAACCAUUGAAGCGAUUCAACCGUUUGAUGAGCUUGAAGAAUUUUAUCUCUUUUGUCAUCAUUAUAUGUUAUGUCACGCUACAAAUGAUCCCAAUUUUAUAUUUACUUCUGAGUAUAAAUUUGAAAUCACCCCAAUUGAGGCUAUAGAUGAAGAUAAAGAAUUAUCCGUUACAUUUGAACCAUUGGGCCUGGAUAUAAAAAGAUCAUUUGGAGCUGGCUAUAUCAAUAUGGAAGGUAAUAUGGUGUACCAUGGUGGUUGCAAUCCUAACAGAGUCAAUGAAACAUUAUUAUUGACCGAAGGAAUUAUGAAAUGCAUUGUUCUGGAUAAACCAAUUCCUAUACCACCUGUGAGAACAUGCCAUACCUUCACUGCGACAGGAAGCAACUCUGCUGUCAUAAUUGGUGGCCGUAAUGCACCACAUAGACCAUACAAAGAUGUAUGGUUGUACGACUCUAAGCAGAACAAAUGGACUCAGAGACAAACACUCCCAGAGACAAGAUUUAGACAUUGUACCGUAUCGAUAGGCCAAGGAAAAUUACUUAUAUUUGGAGGUGUCACCACGGGUGAACCUUUCAUGAUUUACGAUAGUAAUAAUGAUACAUAUGAGAGUGUGUCAAUCUCUGAAGAUAGUGAUUUCUCUCAAUUAAACUUGGUUUCUGCAUGUAUGUCUUACAAUGAGGAUAUUAACUUAGGAUGUCUUGUAGGAGGUCUUAAUACAGAUUCUAAUGUCGUCUCAGAUACAUUAUACUCAUUUACUCUUGAAACAAACAAGAUUACACUAUGGAAGAUUAUUUCACAUCCUUUACUAUCAAGGUAUGGUGCUAAAUGUUCCUAUAUUAACUCAAACAAGAUUGUUGUAGUGGGAGGCACCUCACAGAAUAUUUUGUUCGGCAGUGAAACUACGAUUGUCGCCGUGGAUCUCAAAAUGCGCAAGGUUAAUUCGUUGGUUAUACCUCCAGCGAUAUGGGAGGAACAUGGUAAACUUUGUUUUGUAGGGUUCGAACUACAACGUCUUAAUGAUAAACAGCUAAUAGUUUUAGGAGGUGCAGCCACAUGUUAUGGGUUCGGAGCCAUCUCUAACGACUCCAUGCUGAUCAACUUCCAACCAAUUCCUUGA